CCUCAGAUCCGACAAUUUCAUUUGUCAUGUCUAUGAUCAGGUGAUGGAUAGCGUCUUUCUACGGUAAUGUGAUCCAUGUCCAGUGUAGUUGGACUCGACCAUUUAUUAUCUAGGUACUAGUAUAAUACUAGCUAGCCCAAGUAAAAUAGGGCAGUAUCCACUCAGGAAGAGCUGUGUUGCCGUUACACCUGGCAGCAAACAAUGCAAACACAGCUUCGUUAUCAUUUGUACAGGGGAUUGGCAGAACGUUCCGCAGGCCCAUAUCUGCGACUACGCAUCAGUCGGUAACAGUUGGUCGCUGAGCCUUUCUUUAUUAGAUAUGCCUCCCAAAAAUAUGUACACUGCAAGACUGCGGUAUCUUUGCUAUCCCCGGUGCUCAAAGCUUCCAGUAGCCGCAAUUAGAUCGUCUAUCUCGUCGCAACGUACUAUAUGCACAACAUCUACUGCUCCCUACCGGGAUUCCGCUCCCCACUCAGUGGUUCCCGUUCCCACGACCCUCACAAACUGUCGCUAUGCUCAACGUCACCCGCGGACAGUUGCUGCAUCCCCCUGUCCUUGUUUUCAGAUUCGCCGGGCUUCUUCGCAAUUAUCUCGAGUGAUCAUGCCCCGUCCGGGGACCACUGCUGAGACAUAUGUGGCGUAUGGAAUGACACAAAAGCUUUUCGAGGUCUGCUCUAGCCAGGCGGAUUACAGUAUACCACAGGCAUCUCAAAAGGGGGCACAAGUCCCUAAAACUGAAGCCGGUGAAGAUCUCGGGGUUGGGGAAGGAUGGUGGUAUGAAGACCUUGGCCUCAUGCCUACCUUCUCAACUUGGUCUCAGAUUACAUUUUUGCACAUGUACCUUCUGACUGUCCGCUUGCGAGUCUUACCGUCGUACGAGAGCUUUCAAACGUAUUCCCGACAUCUGAUUGACCAUUUCUCGCAUAAUGCUGAGCAUCGCAUGGACGUCCUACAUGGGUUCACUAGUCGUACAAUCCGGAACAAGUUUCUCAAGGACCUCUUCAUCCAGUGGAGAGGUGUUCUUGCGGCCUAUGAUGAGGGCCUUGUUAAAGGAGACGCCGUGCUAGGUGCCGCUAUCUGGAGAAAUUUAUGGAAAGCAAGCCAUACCGGACCAGAUGGGAAGGAGCUGGACUGGACGAAAAUAGCUCGGGUCGUCGCAUAUAUGCGGCGAGUAACUUCAGAGCUUUCUCAGGUGAGCGAGGCGGAUCUCAUCUUCCAACUAUGCCAGCAAACUGGCGAUAAACCCAGCAUUUUCGGAUACUCCGAAUUCGAUAAGAAAUUAGUCCAAGGCAAGCGAUAAUUGGCUGAAGACCUUGUUUGUAAAGACUUUUGUUCGCCCGCUUCUCUUCUGUUGUUCUAAUUCAACUUUACUGUCCGCAAUAGUACACUGUUUCAUAAUGCGUCUAUGCAUAUUGUAUAGAAAUGGUGAAUACAUGCUAAUACAAGUAGAUGCUGUGAUGCUUUUGACUAUGUUAUACUGCAUCAGAGCGGCUACCACACACCUUGGGCAAUAAUAGAAUCUUCUCAAUCCAAACCCAAGCAUAACUGU